AUGUCUAGUUCAAAUUCUGCCAAUAACAUACCAUCUGCCUUUGAUGCUGAAAAUGGUAAGCCACUGUGGAAAUAUGGGACUAGAUUAGAAAAAUCUGCUGCAAAAGGGGGGAAUUAUACUUUUCAAUGUAACUUUUGUAGGGUUACACGUAAAGGUUCAUACACUAGGGUAAAAGCCCAUUUGAUGCAAAUUAAAAAUCAGGGGAUAGAAGUGUGUCCAAGAGUAACAAGUAAGGAUAAAGCAGAUUUUGAGAGAGCAAUUGCAGAAGCAAAGUUGAAAUUGAAAAACUCUAGGUUGAAGAAAGUCCCAUUGCCUCCUCCUAGUUCAAGUGCAUCAUUAGGUUUAUGUUUUAAUGAACCAGAGGAGAUAUAUGGAUCAAAAAGGAAGAGGUCAACUGCUUUAGGGAGUGGAAGUAGUAGUAACCCUGUUAUGAAAGUAUUUAACAUUGGGGCUCGAGAACGACUAAAUAGUGAGAUAGCUAGAAUGUUUUAUUCAGCAGGCUUGCCAUUUCAUUUGGCAAGAAAUCCUUACUAUGUUAGUGCAUUUACUUUUGCUGCAAAUAACAACAUACAAGGAUAUGUACCACCUGGGUAUAACAUGUUGAGAACUACAUUGCUUCAAAAAGAAAGGAUAAACAUUGAUAGGUUGUUAGAUCCUAUUCGAGACUCAUGGAGAGAGAAGGGGGUGAGUAUAGUCAGUGAUGGAUGGAGUGAUUCCCAACGAAGGCCAUUAAUAAAUUUUAUGGCUGUUACCGGAGGUGGGCCUAUGUUUCUUAAAGCGGUUGAUUGUUCAGGGGAAACAAAGGACAAAUAUUUUAUUUCCAACUUGAUGAAGGAAGUAAUUAUGGAGGUUGGGCCUAAAAAUGUGGUUCAAGUCAUUACAGAUAAUGCCGCAAAUUGCAAGGCAGCCGGGCACCUAAUUGAAGCACAAUUUCCUCACAUCUUUUGGACUCCUUGUGUUGUGCACACCCUCAAUCUUGCCUUGAAGAAUAUUUGUGCUGCCAAGAAUGUGGAAAAUAAUUCAGUUGCAUUUGAAGAGUGUAAUUGGAUUAGUGAGAUUGUGGGUGAUGUGAUGAUGAUCAAGAAUUUUAUUUGUAAUCAUUCCAUGAGGUUGGUAAUGUACAAUGAGUUUGUGAGUUUGAAACUUUUUUUAGUUGCCGAGACACGCUUUGCUUCUUCUAUUGUCAUGCUUAAGAGGGUCAAGUUGAUAAAGCAAGGUCUCCAAACAAUGGUAAUCAGUGACAAAUGA